AUGACCUCUUCACUAAAGACCAACAGAAAGAGGGGUGGAUUCAUCGCCUCCAUCGUCAAGGGUCACGGCGGCUCGCUAUUCCGCGAGAAGCUGAUCGAGGGCGUUGGUACCCACUUCAUCAUCAUCGUCGACGCGUCCAAGCUCGUGUCGCGUCUCGGCUGCAUGGGCAUCAACCCUGUCGAGGUCAUUCCCUUUGGCGUGCUCCACAUGCUGGGCCUCAUUCAUGGCCACUUCGACGGCUUGCCUAGAUUGCACGCCAGGCUGAGGUCUGUUCCCACCGCCGCUGCCAAGGAGGAAGAAGACUCAGAACAAUCCUCUGUCACUAAUAAUGGCAGCUACAUCGUCGAGAUGUUCUUCGAGGACGACAUCCACGGCGACCUACGCGACAUCAGUGACCGUCUGCUUCAGAUCACCAGCAUCGUAGAACAAGGCAUGUUCCUGAGCUACUUUUCCCACGUCGAAGAAGGUGGAUAUGCGAGGGAGAAGGUGCAGCUGACCGAGGGUGUGAGCCGGCACCUCUAUGUCACUCGCACACAUUUCUUGGGAAUGCAUUCUAGUGAGUUGGAGAGAGGUCUAGUGCAUUGCAUCUAG